GGGCAACCUGAUAUCGCAUUUUGGGGCGUUGGGUACUUCAAUUACAACGGGACAAGUUUGUAUGCAAACUGCGAAUAUUACAAAACGUACGUCGGGUUCCUGCGUAUGACAUGUACCGAAAAAAGGUGGACGACAAUUGGUGAAUGUCUGGAAUACAGUCGGCCACUUUCAGUACAGGAUAUUCGACUUGCAAAUGGAAGUAAAUCUACUAGUGGUAGAGUUGAGAUCAAAGUAUUAGACACAUGGGGUACAGUAUGCAGUGACAGCUUUGGAAAAGAGGAAGCUGACGUUAUAUGCAGAAUGAUGGGCUAUCCUCCUGCUAAGGCAUUCCAAACAUCAUUGCACGAGGGAACUGGGCCGAUUUUUAUAGAUAAUAUGGUAUGUGGCGUGAACAAUUCCAACAUCAAUGAGUGCCACUAUGACACGUUCGACAACUGUAACCACAGCAAGGAUAUGGUCGUUACAUGUACAGACUGUGGGGACCCAACGGUUUCAUUUGGUGAGGUCAACCACACCUCUUCAAGCGUUGGAUCUGUUGUAAGCGUCGUGUGUGAAUAUGGUCGAAAACUAGUCGGGGACUCAGUUAUUGUUUGCCAAGAAAACGGAAAUUGGACUAAUACCCCAUUUUGUUCUUUGAUAGAUUGCGGUAAUCCUACGCCAAUUAAUGGCGCCACCAACGGGACAUCGCACUACCUCGAUGCCGUUCUCCACGUGUCGUGUAAAACUGGUUUUGCUUUAUCUGGAAAUUCCAUCAUACGAUGUCAGAGUAACAGUACUUGGACUGAUUAUCCAGUAUGCACCGUUGUGGACUGCAAAGAACUUAAUAUUGUCAAUAUGACGAUAGACGUCGGUAACAAAACUACCUACGGACAGAUAGCACUUGUCAGCUGCAAACCUGACUUCACUCCACGUGGUUCAUGGACUGUGAGAUGUGAAGCUAGCGGCGUUUGGAAUUACACGCACGUCCCUCAAUGUGAACUCAUUCACUGUGGUGUCGCUGCGAUAUCCAAUGGAAGUGUAAACGACACAACAUCGACAGUUGGAACUGUGGUUCAUGUGGAAUGUAACUAUGGUCGACAACUGAUUGGCGAUUCGUUACGUGUUUGCCAACUGAAUGGAGAGUGGACAGGUUCUCCCUCGUGUAUUUUAAUAGAGUGUGAUGAUCCAAGCCCAGAUAACGGCAUCGUAAACGGGACAUCACGGUUCUUAGACGAUGUGCUUUCGGUGUCGUGUAAUACAGGUUUCACGUUAACUGGCAAUUCCGUCAUACACUGCCAGAGUGACAGAACUUGGAGUGACAACCCAAAUUGCAUUAUUGUUGACUGUGACCUCCUGUUAAUUUCAAAUAUGAUCAUAAACAUUGCAAAUGUGACCACAUACGGGCAUAUGGCAGAGGUCAGAUGCAAACCAGAUUUCACUCCACUUGGUGUUUGGACCGUGAAAUGUGAGGCUUCUGGGGUUUGGAAUCAAACGCAUGUACCGAAAUGUGAACUGAUUGAUUGUGGGGACCCGACGCCCAUUAAAGGCUUAGUAAAUUCAUCAGUAACAUCUGUCAAUACAGUUGUUAGUGUUUCGUGUGAAAAUGGUUAUAUAAUGUCUGGCGAUUCAGUCAUCACUUGUCUUAGAAACGGCUUGUGGUCCGGCAACCCGAUAUGCUACCCUUCGGAUUGCGGCAGACCAGCCAUACCAAAUGCGAAUGUGACGAUAAGUACUUCAACGUCCCUCAAUUCUACAGCUGUUAUCAGUUGUGACGUGGGUUUCAACUUAAAAGGACCAAGUGUCAUCACGUGUACUACAACUGGAUGGAGUGAUAAUGUUACAUGUUCACAGAUUGAUUGUGGAAAGAUGGAUGUUUCAAAAGGAAGAGUAAUUGGCACAGAUACAAAUUAUGGGGCUGUAAUUGAAGUGGAGUGUAGUACCGGGUAUUUUAUUCAGGGUGAUAACAAACUAACAUGCCAAGGCAAAGGUCAAUGGAGCGAUAAUCCAAUAUGUGUCAUUCAAAAUUGUACCAACGUGACGAUACCAACAAACGGCAUUAUACUUACAAGUCCUAUUCUAACCACAUUUAAUUCAUCGUUGCGUUUUCAAUGUGAACAUGGUUAUCAACUCAACGGAAAUGACAUCUUGUGGUGUGAUGCAACAGGCAAAUGGAACAGUUCAGUCCAGACCUGCAUUCGAAAAUAUUGCGAUGACCCUACUCCUGCGAAUGGUGUCAUUAACGGGACAUCAUACUACUAUAAUGACGUGGUUUCAGUAUCCUGUAAUAAUGGAUAUUCGUUGUCCGGCGAACAUAUCAUACAAUGUCAGAGUAACAGUAAUUGGACAAGCUAUCCGACAUGCAAUAUUAUUGUGUGCGAGCAGAUUGACCUGACAAACGGUAAAGUGACCGGAGCAUCAACAAAAUUUGCGUCAGUAAUUGAGGUACAGUGUCAUACUGGGUAUGAUCUCAAUGGUGACGAUAGACUAGUAUGUCAAGCAAACGGUCAAUGGAGUGGAAAACCAACAUGCGUCAUAAAAAAUUGUGGCAACAUUACUGUGCCAUCGAAGGGAAUGCUCCAUGGAAGUACAAUGGUGACAACAUAUAAUUCUCUAUUACGGUUUCGAUGUGAAGAAGGGUAUCUGCUGAAAGGAAAUGACGUCAUGUGGUGUGCAGCCACAGGCGCGUGGAACAGUUCUGUCCCAAUCUGCAUCCGGAAAUCUAACAUCGGAGGACUAUGUACUGAUGCAAGCAUGUGUGGGACAAUCAAUGCAAUAUGCGAGAACAAAAUAUGCGCUUGUAUGUCUGGUGUGGAAGACAAACAUUCGGGCACAUGCGACAUCAUGCCAAUACUACCAUUCGGGCAAGAAGCAGGAGAUACAAGUCUUGGUCAUGACCUAUGCAGUGAACAAAUUGUGUUUGAACCUACGAUUCCAGUCUUCGACAAAAUGAGACGGCUAAUGCAUGUGUGUAGGAGAGGGUUCAUAAGUUUUGAUACAAAGUAUCUUUCUGAAAAGCCUAAAAUGGCUUCGGAUGGCAAAGCAAAUAUCAACUUUCCAGUUGUGGCGGCAUACUUUACAGAAAUAUAUUUGGACCAUUUAUCAACGAUCACUUACAGAACCUAUGAUGUGCUUAAAAAUUACCCUUUUACACCUAAAGUUGCCGGAGAAUUGGAAUUACUUGAAAGUGUAAUCAAGCGGGUGGAAAAUAUGUCAGCAUUUGAUACAAGUUUUGUUUUGAUAGCAACAUGGAGUAACGUGAGACCAUCAUUUAAUCCUUAUAAUGCAACAACGUUUCAAUUGAUCAUAAUUUCAAGCGGUGAACAGACCUUUUCGUUUUCAACAUACGGACAUAAUUUAAUGAAAUGGAACUCGGAAAGAGAACGCAUCCCUUUAUGGAUCGGUCAUGCAGACACAGACAGAGAGAUAUACCGUUACAUUUACUCGUUUAGCAAAAAUGCACUGAAAUGGGAUCUGCUACCGAAAACAGGAGGAAUCCGUGGACUUCUUCUUAAAAAUGUAAAUAAUAACAAAACAACAGUAAGUAACGACGCCUUGGACUGUAUUAAGUGGUACAACAGAAACCUUUAUUUAAAACAAAACAUCCAUGUCUACUCACAACGUCUGCCUACGUGCCCAUGUGACGUCGGCCUGGCCCAAUGGGAUCCUUGGUUUUGGCAGAUCCGCCGCCAAGUGCGUCUGCCUGAUAGCAAAGAUGUAGUCUGCGUGGACAUGAUAUUACGCGAAAGUUACAAACCAUACGGAAAGUCGUGCUGCUAUUACCGCUCGUCAUUGACAUUCGUGGAAAUGCAACCCCUAUCUGGUGGAUUUUACUUUUCACAUCCGUCAUUCUCACCACGUGAUCACGAGGUAAAUGACGUCAUCAUGAAGGACAAAUGCUGUACGAAAUCAGACUACUGCAAUCUCUAUUACGAACUGCAUCCAACAGGAACAUGCUACACCGAGUCGCCGUUCAACUUUGGAUCAUUUUGGGGAGAUCCACACAUGCGCACACUUGACGGAAUGAACUACACGUUCAACGGACUUGGGGAAUAUGUGUUGCUGAGCAUCCAGACAUCAAAUGUCACGUUUUCACUCCAAGCUAGAACGGAAAGGGCAAAGAAGGCGGACGGAAAUAUCUCGGAUGCAACAAUCUUCACUGCCUUUGCGGCAAGAGAUCAUACGAAUUCAUCACUUCAUAUCGAGCUCAAUACGGCAAAAGAUGAUUUGAUCUUGUAUGGGAAUGAAAUCGACUUAACGAAGACACUAAAGGACUUUGGAAACGAUCGGUUUGCUUUUAAUUCGCCAACCAUGUCUAUUUAUGGAGUAGAUGGGGUGUUGAGGGUAUCAUUCCUGGAGACAGGGAUAAUGCUUGAAAUAGGAAAAGAGGCCAGAAUGCUGUCAUUAGAUACCAUUGUACCGAAAACAUUCAACAACGUGACGAAAGGUCUUCUGGGCAAUUUUGACGGUGACCCAUUCAAUGAUUUUGUAUACCCAAAUGGGAGUCUUCUGCAUUUUAAUGCAAGUGACUUAGAGAUAUUUAGAUUUGGUCAGACAUGGUCAGUGAACGACAGUUCGUCAGUUUUUAUAUAUGAAGACGGCAAGAGCCAUUCCGAUUACCACAACGCUUCUUACGUUCCGCGUUUCCUAGAUACAUUUGACAAGGAAACGAUUAUUAAAGCUGAAAAGAUAUGCGGGUCAGUCAAUGUAGAGUGCGUGUUCGACUAUGUUUUCACUUUGAACAGUACAAUUGCAAAGACGACCAGCAAUAUAAGUGAAACCAUUAAUAUAAACGCAAAAGAAAUAGCAAAAGUUGUGCCAACAAUCAAUAAUACUUGUAGCGUUAAUGCAACAGUUGGAGAACACAUAUCGUGUCAAUUAAAUCUUGCAGAUGAAUUAGAUAUCGCAUUUGUAAAAAACGAAAGUAAUAGAACAACAUAUAACAGAACGUCGAAGACGCUAUAUUUCAAACAGACAGAUUACCUUCCACACAACAUAUGGUUCGUUGCAGUCAAUGCUGAUGGAAAGCAAUCACAGCAACAUAUUGUUACGGUACAACUUUGCACUGGGUGCCAUGGUAAUGGACACUGCUCUACGACCGUGCGACAGGACCCUCGAGAGAAUGCAUAUUUCAAGUAUUCGUCAUGCGUUUGCAACGCUGGAUACACAGGUGCUGAUUGUGAUAAAACAUUAGACUGGUGUGCUGGAAGUCCCUGCACUCUAGGACGAAACUGUACAAACGUCCCACAGAACAAUACAUACUCGUGUUAUCCUUGCCCAGCGGGAUAUGCUUCAGUGCCUAAUACAAACGAUUGCAUUGAUAAUGACGAAUGUAGCAGUCGUCCCUGCAAUCAACUCUGUAUCAAUACUGAGGGAAGUUACUCCUGCGGUUGUAAGGAAGGAUAUCGAGUCGAUCCAAGCAACGAACAUACAUGCAUCGACAUCAACGAGUGCAACGAGGCUACUCACAACUGUACUCAGAUCUGCGACAAUACGAUCGGCGGGUUUCUUUGCAAAUGUCAGCCUGGUUUUACCUUCAAUGUUUCAAAUUUUACAUGUUCACGAGAUGAUUCUGAUCCAUGUGCUGCUUCAACACUCGACUGCAGUCGUACUUCGGGAUGCACCCUGGAUGUUGGAAAUAAUACCUUGUGCUUCUGUGAUGCAGGCCUCUGGUUAAAUGAAACAUCGUUGGGAUGUCAAGAUGUUGACGAAUGCUCUCAACAUAUUUGUGCACAAGACUGCAUGAACACGAUCGGCAGUUUUCAGUGCAGCUGCAUAGCGGGUUAUCAGCUAGUAGACAAGGUCUCGUGUAAACCAUGUGAGGUACCGAACUGGGGUACAAAUUGUGGCCAAACUUGCGCAUGUUCCGGACGAGGUGCAGAGAGAUGAGAUCCUGUGAGAGGCUGCAUGUGUUCCCAUGGCUGGACAGGAAGUUCAUGUGACGAUGACGUCGACGAGUGCAAGGAGAAUCUAAGAGUCUGUGGUGAUACAAGAAAGUCCUGUAGUAACAACAUGGGCUCGUA